AUGCCAUCUGAGAGGUGCCUGAGCGUUCAGGAGAUGCUGACAGGUCAGAGGCUUUGUCAGUCCAGUUCCCAUAAUGAUGCUGUCUUGGCAGCCCUGAACCAACAAAGAAGUGAUGGCAUACUUUGCGAUAUCACCCUAAUUGCUGAAGAGCAGAAAUUCCACGCACAUAAAGCAGUCCUGGCAGCCUGCAGUGACUACUUCCGAGCAAUGUUCAGUCUCUGCAUGGUUGAAAGCGAAGCUGAUGAAGUGAAUUUGCAUGGUGUCACAAGCCUUGGUUUAAAACAAGCCCUGGACUUUGCAUAUACUGGACAGAUCCUUUUGGAACCAGGGGUGAUACAGGAUGUCCUAGCAGCUGGGAGUCAUUUGCAGCUGCUGGAGCUUCUCAGUUUAUGUUCUCACUAUCUCAUUCAGGAAUUAAAUAGUUUUAAUUACUUGGACCUGUAUAAGCUUGCGGACCUCUUCAACCUCACCUUGUUGGAGAAUGCAGUGGUUGACUUCUUAGUAAAACAUCUCUCCGAGCUACUGAAGAGUCGUCCUGAAGAAGUUCUGGCACUCCCAUACUGUCUCCUUCGAGAGGUUUUUAAAAGUGAUAGACUCACUUCACUCAGUGAAGAACAAAUCUGGCAGCUGGCUGUGAGGUGGUUGGAACACAACUGCCGCUACCAGUACAUGGAUGAACUUCUCCAGUAUGUCCGCUUUGGCCUUAUGGAUGUGGAUACACUGCAUACCGUAGCUCUUUCUCAUCCUCUUGUCCAAGCUAGUGAAACUGCGACAGCACUUAUUAAUGAGGCCUUGGCUUAUCACCAGAGCAUCUAUGCACAGCCAGUUUGGCAAACCAGAAGGACAAAACCUCGCUUCCAGUCAGACACUCUUUACAUUAUUGGUGGGAAAAAACGUGAAAUCUGUAAAGUGAAGGAAUUGCGAUACUUCAAUCCGGUAGAUCAAGAGAACGUUCAUAUCGCAGGGAUUGCAAACUGGAGCGAGCUAGCACCUAUGCCUGUAGGGAGAAGCCACCACUGUGUUGCUGUCAUGGGAGACUUUCUUUUUGUAGCUGGUGGAGAGGCAGAGCACUCCACAGGGCGCACUUGUGCGGUGAGAACUGCCUGUCGAUACGACCCCCGCACUAACUCUUGGGCUGAGAUAGCUCCAAUGAAGAACUGUCGGGAACAUUUUGUGCUGGGAGCAGUGGACGAGUACCUCUAUGCAGUAGGGGGCAGAAAUGAGUUGCGUCAAGUGUUACCUACAGUGGAACGCUAUUGCCCCAAGAAGAACAAGUGGACCUUUGUACAGUCCUUUGAUCGAUCGCUCUCAUGCCAUGCAGGAUAUGUGGUGGAUGGUCUUCUUUGGAUAUCAGGAGGAGUAACAAAUACUGCACAGUAUCAAAACCGGCUCAUGGUCUAUGAUCCUAAGCAGAAUAAGUGGUUAAGCCGUAGCCCGAUGUUGCAGAGGAGAGUGUAUCAUUCCAUGGCUGCUGUCCAAAGGAAACUUUACGUGUUAGGUGGGAAUGAUCUGGACUACAAUAACGAUCGGAUCCUGGUUCGGCACAUAGACUCCUACAGCAUAGAUGCUGACCAAUGGACACGUUGCAGCUUCAACAUGUUGACAGGUCAAAAUGAGUCUGGAGUGGCCGUCCACAAUGGUAGAAUAUAUUUAGUUGGCGGCUAUUCGAUUUGGACAAAUGAGCCUUUGGCAUGUAUCCAGGUGCUGGAUGUUAGCAAGGAAGGGAAGGAAGAAGUGUUCUAUGGGCCUACGCUCCCCUUUGCUUCCAACGGAAUAGCAGCAUGCUUUCUUCCAGCUCCUUAUUUCACGUGCCCCAACCUUCAGACUCUGCAAGUGCCUCACCACAGGAUCGGCACAAUGUGAGACACGAAACGUGCGCUUCAUAAAAUCAAAAGCAAAGGGAGAAAAAAAUCAAACCCUGUGUACAGAAGGGUUUCUCUGGAUCAGUGAAAAGGAUCAAUCCACAUGGGCUGCUGCUUUACCAUCACACAUUUGUCUUAAAGUCGGAUCACAGCAGGCAGGAAGGAAGCUACAAAAUUCGUCUGCUGUUUCUCUCCUCUGCCUCGGAUGUAGAAGCAUAUACGUGAGAGCGUUUGGCAUUUCUGCUGGUGACUACUUGCUACCUGUCUCUCCUUCGUUUCCUUAUGCAACUUCGUAAGGUGUUGUGAAUGCUCUCAGCUCCUCCUGGGCUGCUGCUCUUUGGAGUCUGCACGUUCAG